AUGCAAAUAGCCCCGAUUUCUCCAUAUAAGGGAGUUAGAUAUCAUCUUAGUGAGUGGUCUGCUACUGGGAACAAGCCUCAAAAUUUUAAAGAGUUAUUGAACCUUCGACAUUCAAUUGCUCGAAAUGUGAUUGAAAGGACAUUUGGUUUGUUCAAGAAGCGAUGGGCCAUUUUGAGAGAUGCAUAUUUUUUUGAUGUUAAGACUCAUGUCAUGACAAUUAAUGCAUGUGCCAUCCUUCAUAAUCUUAUUCGAGUAGAACAACCAAAUGAUCCUUACUUGGAUGAAGUUGAUGCUGAGAUGCAAAGAGUACAACAUGAGGUUGAUGAUGAAGAUGAAAUGGAAGAUGAAGAUGAGGAAGAUGGAAUGGAAGGUGAUGGUCCAAAUAAUGAUGGCGGCAUAAAUGCUAUUAAUGAGAAUCAAAUUUGA